GCCAUAAUCCUCCAUCUAAUCGCCCCGGCUCCUUAACCCCGCCGAUAUCGACGUCUCCAAGAAUUAUAGCAUUUAGAAAGCAAGAAAGAAGACAAGAGGAUGGAAGAAAUAAACCCCCGAAGCUCUCUUCUUCUUCUUCUUCUCUCGUUCUCUCCUUCUGCUCGCUGGUAGAGAAACGAGUGAAAAUUAGAGCCAAAACUACCGUCAAGAACUUCGGGGGUGAUUGCCAUUUAUCUGUGUAUCUUCUAUAUUCCCUGAAGGCCAGUUUGGUGAGUUCUUUGGGGAUUUUAAUGUAGAAUUCUAUUCUGAGGUUUGGAGCUCAUAAAUCAGGAUUUCGCUAGCAUCGCUCUUCUCCAAUUAAGAUGAACGUGGUGGGCAAGGUCGGGAGCCUUAUCUCCCAAGGUGUCUAUUCCGUUGCGACCCCUUUCCACCCCUUUGGUGGUGCCGUUGAUGUUAUUGUUGUUGAGCAACAAGAUGGGACCUACCGCAGUACGCCGUGGUAUGUGCGAUUUGGGAAGUUCCAAGGUGUUCUUAAAGGUGCUGAGAAGAUUGUGACUAUUACUGUUAAUGGUGUUGAAGCCAAUUUCCAUAUGUAUCUUGAUAACUCAGGCCAGGCCUAUUUCAUGAGAGAAGUUAUGUCAGGAAGUGGUGAUGCAGAUUCUGAUGGCCAGGCUAUGAAUGAGUCCAACACUCCACAGUCACAUCAGGGUGAUAAUAUUGACAAUACUUUUGAUGAUCAUAAGAAUAUCUUUGAUGAAAACAAGGAGGAGGUUGAGAAUGAUGAUCAGCCAUACAGGUUUCAAGAUCAGCAGGCUUCCCCACAUAGUUCGGCAGGAUCAUCUGCAUUUAGCAACUAUCACUAUGGGAGUUUAGAUGAGGUGGAGGAUAUGGUUAAAGAAUCUGACGAGUCCAAUUCGGAAAUGGUGUUGAUCAGCGUGGAUGGACAUGUCCUCACGGCACCGAUCUCUUCGAAUGAAGAGAACAUGGAAAAUGUGCAAUUGAGUACCCCACAAUUCCAUCUAGGACCCGGGGGGGAAGGCUCUGGUGAAGAUUUUGGUACAAGUGGAGUUGUGUGGGAAGCUGGUAUGUUUGGUGAUCUAGAUGCAUCUACAACGAAAGAUACAGAUGUUCCUAGUAAACAAUUGCAAGACUCUAAAGAUUGUAGAGAGGUUUCAGUCCAUGUUGAAGAGGCUCACCAUUCAGGCAGCCAUGAAACUGAACAAGAGCAUAUAGGUGCGGGUUUGACUAGAGAUGAUACAUUCAAGAGUUGUUUAGAUUUAAUGGCCCAGGCUGAGGGUGAUAUGAAAAAUGAGGGUUCUUUGGCCAUGGAAUUUGACCCAAAAUAUGUCUCUGAACAUUCGCAGGAAAUUACUUCUUUGGGUGGCAUUGCUUUGGGAGAAAUGACAGUGAGCACGAACCCUAACUUUAGAGAUGAUGCAUCACAGCCUGUAAUUGUAGAAACUGAAGAAUCACUAGAUGAUGUCUCUUUUGACCUUAAUCAGAAAGAUGAAGUGGUCGGUGCAGAUGUAUUUCUUCAAGAUUCCAAUCAGUCAUUCUGUGAGGAGUCACUGAGCAAAAGCAUGGAGAAUGAAUCUUCUGAAAAGAAGAAUGUGAGACGUGAAAACAUGACAUCGGAGGAGUUGGGUGAUCUUUCAGUCCAUUCAGUAACCGAUGUAAACAAACAUAUGGGAACUAUUGCAGAGGGGUCUGCUACUGAAGAAGAAAGCAAUGAAACUGAGAGUCCUGGAUUACAAAGGAGUUUCUCUGGGUUGGGUUUUGAGAUUUCCCUUUGUGGGAACUUACUACGACCUGGCAUGGGCUGCAAUUCUGCUGAGGAAGCCUUCGAAGCCCAUCGUAUUUCUGAGGAGAAGUUCAGGGCAUCAGGACCAUCCGUCAUUAAGAAUGGGAACCUCAUUGUUAGAUGUGAAGGCAAGUAUUUGCCAUGGGAUAAAGCUGCUCAUAUCAUUCUUGGGAAGGUUGUGUUUGGUCCAAACUUUUCAGUUGAGCCAAUGGAAUCAAUCCUGGUGGAACACGAGGACAUGUUGAAAUCCAGAGAGGAGACACAUGGAGUCUCGCCUUCUUUCAGCCAUAGAUGGAGACUGUGGCCAAUACCAUUUCGGAGGGCCAAGUCCCUUCAGCACAGUAAUAGUAACUCAAGUGAGGAGCUUUUUGUUGAUUCAGAAUCUGGAUUGCAGAGCCCAAAUGCAGAACAAUCCUCACAUGGUGGUACAAAUCAGUCUCCACGCAAGCAGUUCAUACGGACAAAUAUUCCAACUAAUGAGCAGAUUGCUUCUUUAAAUCUGAAGGAAGGUCAAAAUCUGAUAGCCUUCAGUUUCUGCACAAGAGUUCUAGGGAAGCAAGAGGUUGAUGCACAUAUUUAUUUGUGGAAGUGGAAUGCACGGAUAGUCAUAUCUGAUGUUGAUGGAACCAUUACCAAGUCUGAUGUUCUGGGCCAGUUCAUGCCUCUAGUUGGAAAGGACUGGACUCAAUCUGGGGUAGCACGACUUUUUUCUGCAAUAAAGGAAAAUGGCUAUCAAUUACUGUUCCUGAGUGCAAGAGCUAUUGUCCAGGCAUAUCUCACCAGAAGCUUUCUCCUUAAUCUGAAACAGGAUGGGAAAGCACUACCUAAUGGACCUGUCGUAAUUUCACCUGAUGGAUUGUUCCCUUCGCUGUAUCGAGAAGUUAUACGUAGAGCGCCGCAUGAGUUCAAGAUUGCAUGUUUGGAG